AUGCAAAAAUCAUCUCUCAUCAUUCCAAGUGCAGCGAAUAGUUCAAUAGAGCCUCAAACUGUUGUUAAUGCUUCAUCAACAACCAAUCAAGAUGUUGAUGAAGAUCUGGAAGUUUCGAUAUGUAAUUCAUUUGAAGUCAUUCCAGACAAAAUUGAAUUGUUAAGAAGACGAUGUCAAGAGUUGAACUAUUCACUACUUGAAGAAUAUGACUUUCGUCAUGAUACAGAUUUGAAAAAUCUCAAUAUUAAACUUCUUCCGAAUACCAUUUUGAGACCUUAUCAAGAAGAGAGUUUACAAAAAAUGUUUGACGAAGAACGAGCUCGAUCUGGUGUCAUUGUACUUCCUUGUGGUGCUGGCAAAUCAUUAGUUGGUGUUGCAGCUGCAUGCUCACUCUAUCCAAUAGGUUUGAUGUUGCUCGAUGAAGUACACACAGCUCCGGCUACAAGCUUUCGAAAAAUAUUGAACUUCAUUCAUGCUCAUGUCAAGUUAGGUCUUACGGCGACGCUCGUUCGUGAAGAUGAUAAAAUUACAGAUCUUAAUUUUUUAAUUGGACCUAAAUUGUACGAAGCCAAUUGGAUCGAAUUACAAAAUUUAGGAUUCAUUGCUAAAGUUCAUUGUGGCGAAAUUCAAUGUUCAAUGACAUCUGAAUUUUUGCUCGCAUAUAAUAAUGCUGCAAAUGAUGUGAUCAAACGAAGACUCAGUGCUAUAAAUCCAAAUAAGUUUCGAAUUUGUCAAUAUUUAAUUGAAUAUCAUGAACAACGAAAUGAUAAGAUUAUUGUUUUUUGUGAUGAUCUAUUUGCAUUGCAAAUCUAUGCACAAAAACUUGUUAAAGCAAUUAUUUAUGGAGAAGUAUCACAAAGUGAACGUAUUUUAAUUUUGCAAAAUUUUCAACGCAAUCCACGAAUCAAUACUAUUUUUAUUUCUCGAGUGGGAGACACAUCGUUUGAUUUGCCUGAAGCAAAUGUGAUCAUUCAAAUAUCAAGUCAUGGUCGUUCACGACGUCAAGAAGCACAACGACUCGGUCGUAUUUUACGAGCAAAAAAUACUUCCACUGACGAGAACAAUGCUUUUUUUUACUCACUCGUGUCACAAGAUACAGUUGAAAUGCGCAAUCAGCUUAAACGAAAAAGUUUUCUUAUCGAUCAAGGUUAUUCAUAUAAAAUCAUUUCAGAGAUAGUAAUCAAUGAAAAUCAACUCCAUUUCUCAACAAAAGAUGAACAAGAGCAACUAUUGAAAAUAGCUCUCGCAGGACCCAAUCAAGAUGAAGAUAAGAAAAUAAAAAAGACGUCGACUACAACAGCAAGCUCUCGUUCGAAACAACCUAUUCAUCCUCUUUUCCGAAAAUAUCGAAGAUAA